UUUGUUUUUGUUUUGUAAUUAAGACUUAAUUUGUUAUUCAUUAGUCCACGGCCGCCCCACUCAUCAUGGCACAUUCUUUGGAGAAGCGCCAUGAUGAGGAGGAUGCCGGAGCUACUUUUGUACUCCAAUCAAAGGGUAACUCUUCCACCAUCUCAAAGUCAAUGGUGGCAUGCGGGUUUUCAUUUGACGACGGCGAUUGUGGGUCCAUCCAUACUGACAUUGCCUUAUGCGUUCAGUGGCUUGGGGUGGGAGCUUGGUCUUUUUUGCCUAACAUUGAUGGGAGUGGUCACAUUCUAUGCUUACUACCUCAUGUCCAAGGUGCUUCAUCAUUGUGAGAAAGCCGAUCGCCGUCACAUACGUUUUCGUGAACUCGCUGCUGACAUAUUGGGGUCGGGAUGGAUGUUCUAUUUUGUAAUCUUAAUACAAACAACAAUCAACUGUGGGGUUGGCGUAGGAGCAAUCUUACUUGGGGGCCAAUGCCUUGAGAUCCUAUAUUCUAGUAUUUCACCACACGGAUCCCUGAAAUUAUACGAAUUUAUAGCAAUGGUCACAGCGAUAAUGAUAGUUCUUUCUCAGCUUCCUACUUUCCAUUCCUUGAGACACAUCAAUUUGUGUUCGUUGCUUCUUAGUCUAGGCUACACAACGCUUGUGGUUGGUGCCUGCAUUCAUGCGGGUACAUUGAAGAACGCACCUCCCAGAGACUACUCCUUAGAACAUAAGAAGUCUGCAAAGGCUUUCAAUGCCUUCACUUCCAUCUCCAUACUUGCAGGAAUAUUUGGGAAUGGCAUAUUACCUGAGAUACAAGCUACUUUAGCACCUCCAGCCGCUGAGAAGAUGGUAAAAGGCCUUGGUAUGUGCUAUGUUGUAAUUGGCACGACAUUUUACACAAUUGCAGUUUCUGGAUAUUGGGCAUUUGGAAACAAGUCUAGUUCAAACAUUUUUUUGAGUUUGAUGCCAAAUGAUGGACCUUCUUUGGCUCCAACUUGGGUCCUUGGCCUUGCAGUCAUCUUUGUUCUUUUCCAACUCUUUGCCAUUGGUUUGGUUUAUUCUCAAGUGGCUUAUGAGAUAAUGGAGAAGAAGUCAGCUGAUGUGAAUCAGGGGAUGUUUUCCAAAAGAAAUCUUGUUCCUCGCCUAAUUCUUCGAACACUUUACAUGAUAUUAUGUGGGUUUGUGGCAUCUAUGCUACCAUUUUUCGGAGAUAUCAAUGCCGUUGUUGGUGCUAUUGGUUUCAUACCUCUAGAUUUCGUUUUGCCUAUGCUUCUAUACAAUAUGACAUACAAGCCUCCAAAAUCAUCCUUCACUUAUUGGGUUAACACCUCAAUUAUGGCAGUAUUCACAGGUGUUGGAAUAAUGGGCGCAUUCUCUUCUAUAAGGAAAUUGGUUCUUGAUGCCAAACAAUUUCAGCUCUUUGGCAAUGAGGUUGUUGAUUAACCAAAUGGAUAUAAAAACUAUGUGAGAGCAACAAGAUUUGACUUCCCUAAUGUGCGUCAAUGUAAAGCUCGUUUUAAUGGAUAAAUGAGAAAAAAAAUUGACCAACAAAAAAAACACUUCCCAACAUUUUGUCCUAAAAAAAUUCUAAGCUUAGGUCACAAAGCUUGUAAUAUUGAAAGAGUGUGCUUAUUGCUUAGUAUACAGUUAAGUGGUGAUUUGUUCUUGUUUAUACUUCA